UGCUCUCUUAUUUAUUCUAUUUGACGGAUGUUUUUCACUAAUAAAUACGGAACUAAACAUGUCAGAUCGUGCCCUCUCCACAAGUAAUGGCACCAACGGACUAAGGAGAAAGGCUACUCGGAAGUUUCUACGAUGCUCUCCAGUCUUCCAGGUAGUGAAUUCCAAUAUCUGCAAGGAUCGCUUCCUCUUCCAGUUCAACGACAUUCUCGUCAUUGCUAAACCUCGCCCUGAGGAUCCCAAUAUAGUCCUCGAGAAUGUGGUUUUGCUGCGACAACUCUUCUUCACCAGCGAGCGUGAGGAGCCGUGUUCAAGAACCAUCCCAAGAACCCCUGCAGUGCAAGCAUUCAUCGAGCAGUUCUCAACAGACCCGGAUAAUGCAGUCGCAUCGCUCUUCAGCAGCUUGGGCCAGUGUGACGACCAUGCCGGUGCUGCGCUUGCACAGCUCCUGUUGAGAACUCCGCACAUUGACAGGGUGCAACUCGGUGAUUAUCUGUCCCGGUGUUCAAGUCGUGUUGUGCUCAAGCAUUCCCUUGACGCCUUCGGAUUCAUUGGACUGAGGGUGGACAAAGCCCUUCGGUUGUUCCUUCAGUCCGGGAUGUGGGGCAACCACAGUGUCACUUCUCUCUCGACAUUCUCCUCGAGUCGUUCGCAAAUCGGUGGUGUGAGUCAUUCCAUUCAUCGCGAGCGUCUGUGUCAAGCGCGCACCCCAACGUCUGGCGGCCCACCAGAGAUCACUGUCACCUUCAAAUGCUCACUCCCUCCAUGGCUUACCUAUCGAGUCCAGUCGGAGCCAGUCAUCAUCCGUAUCCCACAACCAGAUCCACCUAUCGAGUCCAGUCGGAGCCAGUCGUCAUCCGUAUCCCACAACCAGAUCCACAUUUCAGUAUUGAGUUACUUGGACACGAUCUGGUGUUUGACCCACCUGUGUUGUAUUUGCGACGAAGUCGGCGGAAGCUUCUUUCCGGGUGACAGGGCGCUCUUUUGGAUGUCGCAAGGCGGUUCACUUGUUCGUAAAAUCCGAACUACACACACUAAUGUCCCCGGUGUGAAUCUUUGUAGGUUGCCCCCCCAGUUGUAGUAGACUUUGAUGGAUGGACUUGGUGGAGAUGCGGAGUCAUUUAGUAGUUUUGAACUACAUAGUAUGCGGUAGUACCAGUUCUUAGUUUCGAGCC